AUGAAGAGCCCUGGGUGCACUCCAAGGCAUAUUAGGUGUCUCAUCAUUUUCAGCCUUUGCCUGGGACUCAUUUUCCUGUCAGGAUUCUUCCAUAUGAGGAAUGAGAAUGAGGGCAAGAUCUCAAAGGUCCACUCAGAGCUGCAGAUCCCUUCCACACCGUGCCGUGCCAAGACCAAUGUCAUGUUCCUCAAGACCCACAAGACAGCCAGCAGCACCAUCCUCAACAUCAUGUUCAGGUUUGCAGAGAGGUACAACCUCACCGUGGCCCUCCCCGUGGACCAGCUGCUCCACCUGGGCUACCCAAAUACUUUCCUGGCUCACUUUGUGGAGGGUUUUGAAGUCAUAGGCCAAAACUACAACAUCAUGUGCAACCACCUGCGGUUUAACCCCUCAGAGGUGCAAAAGGUGAUGGCAGCCAACACUUUCUACUUCUCCAUCCUGAGGAACCCCAUUGCUCUGCUGGAGUCUGCCUACAUCUACUACAAGAGCAAUGUCCCUGCCUUCAGGAGCUCCAAGGAUGUCAAUGAGUACUUAGCAUCACCCAGGAAGUAUUACCACUCAGCAGAUCACCGUGCAAACAUCUAUGCCAGGAAUAUCAUGUGGUUUGAUUUUGGCUAUGACAACAACGCAGAGAAUGACACAGAGUACACCCAGACUGUUUUGGAGGAGAUUGAGCAGAACUUCCACCUCAUCUUGAUAGCAGACUACUUUGAUGAGUCCAUGAUCCUCCUGAAGCACGUGUUGUGCUGGGACCUGGAUGAUGUGGUUUACUUCAAGCUCAAUUCCAGGAGCCAGGACACUGUCCACACCCUGACCCCGGAAAGUGAGGAGCGGAUAAAAGCCUGGUGCUCACUGGACUGGAAGCUCUACUUGCACUUCAACCAGAGCUUCUGGAGGAGAAUUGAGGAGACCAUAGGGCUCGAGGCGCUAGACGAGGAGGUGGAUCAACUGCGAACCAGACAGAAGGAGCUCAUGGAGACCUGUCUCUUGGAGCAAGAGGCAGUGGGGAAGGAUCAUAUCAGGAAUAAAGCUCUCCUGCCUUUUCAGUCAGGGGCUGCAAAUAUCCUGGGGUACAACCUCAGGCAGGAUGUGGACAACAGGACUCUGAGAACCUGCCAGCAACUGGUCAUGCCAGAGCUCCAGUACACAUCCUACCUUUACGCGGUCCAACACCCGAACAAGAAGAGGAAGGAUCUGGGCUUGCCAUUGCUGUGGGACAGUUCCCAGGACAGGGUGCAGCUCCCGACUCCCAGCUAG